AUGACGGUGUCCACAGCUAGAGUCGCUUUGCGCAGGGUAUCCGGAACCGAGGACCGGCAGCUAAUACAGACAUCCAUAUUCAGCUUAACAAACGGAUUUCUGGACAGUUGCCCACCCGACGAGAGCUUAUUCAGGCAUGUUUAUCAUUCAGUUAGUUCCCUUCUUGUCGCAUUUGCAUGCUCAGAAUUGCUCUAUUUGGCUUCCAUCUUUGGAAAUAUGUGA